AUGUCUACCUCACCAACCAAUCAAUCGUUCGGAGGAUCUUUGCUGAAAAAUAGAUGCCCACAGAGUGCUUACCUGAAAACUCACAAGUACAUUUCCUUUUCUUAUGCCAUUGGCUCCACCACAUUCCAACAAGGUGUGCUCGGUGAUGCGGAUAGUUAUCUGGAAGGAACCGUCCACCUGAGAUAUGGGAAACCUUGUGCGGUAAAAAAUGUGAUCCUUAAUUUCCGAGGUUCCGAGAAAACCUCUUGGUACAAAGCUCAAGCGAGAACAAAGUCCGUCUACACCGGUGAACAGAUCUUGGCCGAAAAGACCGAGAAGAUCUGGGAGAGCGAAAACGAGAAAUCUUAUAGAUAUACAGGAUACGAUUUGCAAUCUAGAACAGCACAUU